UGGCGCGAAACGUCGCCUCCCACGUGACCAGCGCCGCUACGUGUGGGCCAAUCGGAGAGGAGGCCCUCCGCCCCUCCCACUCGCCGCGGGCCCCAGCCUCGACCAAUCAACGGGCGAAUCCGGGCUGAGUGACGGGGAAGCGGUGCGGGUGUCAGGAGGGAAAGGCUGGGCGAGGCUGGGCUGGCGCCGGGUUUCCCGCGGUCGGAGGAGAAUCGCUCUUAAAGGGCCAGCCCACUCGCGUCCUUUUGUUCCGGGGCCGCAGGGCGGGGCAGGCCCAACUUUCGCAGUUUCCUGGUCUACUCUCCAGAACGGCCAUGAUUUCCCAGUUCUUCAUUCUAUCCUCCAAGGGGGACCCGCUCAUCUACAAAGACUUCCGCGGAGACAGCGGCGGCCGGGAUGUGGCCGAGCUCUUCUACCGGAAGCUGACAGGACUGUCCGGAGACGAGUCUCCGGUUGUCAUGCAUCAUGAUGAUCGUCAUUUUAUUCACAUCAGACACAGCGGCCUCUAUUUGGUGGCCACGACUUCAGAAAACAUUUCUCCAUUCAGCCUCCUAGAGCUGCUGUCCCGGCUAGCCACGCUCCUGGGUGAUUACUGUGGCUCCCUGGGUGAGGGGACCAUCUCCCGCAAUGUGGCUCUGGUCUACGAACUCCUGGAUGAAGUGCUGGACUACGGCUACGUACAGACCACAUCCACAGAGAUGCUGAGGAACUUCAUCCAGACGGAGGCAGUGGUCAGCAAACCCUUCAGCCUCUUUGACCUCAGCAGCGUUGGUUUGUUUGGGGCUGAGACGCAACAGAGCAAAGUGGCCCCCAGCAGUGCAGCCAGCCGCCCUGUCCUGUCCAGCCGCUCUGACCAGAGCCAAAAGAAUGAAGUGUUUUUGGAUGUGGUCGAGAGAUUGUCUGUCCUGAUAGCCUCUAAUGGCUCGCUGCUGAAGGUGGACGUGCAGGGAGAGAUACGACUUAAGAGCUUUCUGCCCAGUGGCUCCGAGAUGCGCAUUGGCUUGACAGAAGAGUUUUGUGUGGGGAAGUCAGAACUAAGAGGUGAGGAGAAAGUGGGUCUUUCUCUCCUAGGUAGAGGUCACUGUCAAAGGCUUCAUGGAGGGAGGUUAAAGACAGAGUCCUAUCCAUUCCCAAAAUGCAGGUUAGGAGAAGGAUCUUUCUUUCCAGGUUAUGGACCAGGAAUUCGGGUGGACGAGGUCUCAUUUCACAGCUCGGUACAUCUGGAUGAGUUUGAAUCUCAUCGAAUCCUCUGCCUGCAGCCACCUCAGGGUGAGCUGACUGUGAUGAGGUACCAACUCUCAGAUGACCUCCCCUCCCCGCUCCCCUUCCGGCUCUUUCCUUCUGUGCAGUGGGACCGUGGCUCAGGCAGGCUCCAGGUGUAUCUGAAGUUACGAUGUGACCUGCCCUCAAAGAGCCAGGCUCUCAACGUCAGGUUGCACCUUCCCCUGCCACGGGGGGUGGUCAGCCUGUCUCAGGAGCUGAGCAGCCCAGAGCAGAAGGCAGAGCUGGGGGAGGGAGCCCUUCGCUGGGACCUGCCUAGGGUGCAAGGAGGCUCUCAGCUCUCAGGCCUUUUCCAGGGCCUUCAGCACCUUCCCCCUGCCUCUGCCUCUCACAGAUGGAUGUCCCAGGCCUCCCUGGGCCUCCUGGCCAAGGCCCCUCCACCUCGGCUCCUCCUCUGGGGCUGGGCCCUGCCAGCCUCUCCUUUGAACUUCCCCGGUACACGUGCUCCGGCCUCCAGGUUCGCUUCCUCAGGCUGGCGUUCAGACCCUGCAGCAACACCAACCCCCACAAGUGGGUGCGACAUCUAAGCCACAGCGAUGCCUACGUCAUUCGGAUCUGAGGCUCCCAAGUGAGGACCUGGGCAGCAAAAGCGGUGGUCUGUGCCUCAGGAGAAGGACGAUAUUUUCUCUCCCGGCAUCCUGGCCUGUGGCUUUGAAUCUGGCUGAAAGAGUCCUGAGUCCUAGAGACCAGGGGGCUCCACGCUCCAAGGGUUCAACCCUCCCGUGGGAUCUGACCCAGGAAGGAUUGAGGUGGAUCACAACCUAAAAAUCAAACUUUUAUUCUGAGGAACUGGCUGUACAAUAUCUAAAGAGAAGGUGACGUGGGGG